GUCGGCUGCAGCCAACUUUGGAACAGGAAAAUAGCUACGGUGCUAAAGGCUGUCCCUGACUAGCUUACCUACAGUUAAAUUUAGAAACAACGUUGUAGUCGGUCGCCCAAUAAAGGCUUAUUUAUUUGUACAGGAUUCACUCUAGUAGCAGCUCUAGUACUUGAGUAGGAUGGUUGUGCUAACCAACGACAACAACAACACCGAGGACCGGGACUUUAUCCUGAUCGAGGAGUCUCCAAGAUCUCUGCCUAACUCUCCCGCCAAGCGUGUCUCCCCAGCCAAGAAAAAGCAAUUCUUCAUCAACCAAGCAAUCCGCAACUCGGACCUCAUCCCAAGAGCAAAGGGCAAAAAAAGCCUUAGAAGACAAGAGAACACUCGCUACCUGGCAAAUCUUCUGGAGAAAGAUGAAUGUUCCAAAGAAGAGGGCGAGGUCUGUGAUUCCGCUGCCCCUACUGUCUUCACUGAAGCCUGCACCAAUGGGAACUAUGUUGAGUGUUGGAGUGAUUUCAUGAAUCGCUCUGGUGAGGAACAGGAGAAGCUGUUGGCUCUGCUGGAGGAGGAGGCCAAGAGGACCAGUGCCAAUAAACCACCCAAGGACCAAAGAGAGAUCAACCCUGCCUUCAGUGCUCAGGACUGCUUCCAGAGGAUUGACCGCAGAUUGCGUGCCUGUCUCAAGCGUAAAAAUAUCCCACUUGGUGCUCUGGAGGUCAUGGAGGACGAUCUCCUGCAUUUUUUCAGGGCUCAGCCCCACUCUGUUUACAUCACUAAUCUACAGAGCAGCUACGACAGGUUGUUGCUUCAUGCCGUCUGCCAGUACAUGGACCUUGUCUCCCAAAGUUCCGACUUGAAUGGGGCACGCCAGACAGAGGUGAAGAACAACCAAGAGGAGUUCCUGCCACCCCAUCCUCUCCUCUCCAUUUACCUGGGCCAGAUGAACUGAGAGAGGAUGAGAGAGAGCUAAAGAGAAAGAGAGGGAGUGAGGGAAGGAUGCAUGGGCAGAAUGAGAGUCACUGCCUCCCCUUUAGCCAGUAGAAGCAGCUUUAUUAUAUGAGACUUGGCUUGUAAGUAGGAUUCUGCCAGUACCGAAGUUCUGUGUUGAUACUGCUUGAUCGGGUCAGCAAUGUAUUUCACAAUAUUUCCAGUUGGACAUGCACUCAUAAUGGUGUACAUUGUCAGUAGUACGUAGGUCAAUAGAUUUGCAAACAUGUCUGUGGUAGAUGGUUCAUAGAUACAGGGGGAAAAAAGUCAAUGAAAAAAGAAAAAAAGCUUGGUUUCAUAUCACAUGACUGCAUGUCUGUCUUACACAAUUACUAUAAUCUCCCACACAGACCCAAUUAUCUUCUACACAUGGCAGCCCCCCAUGGGUAGUGUGUCAUUGGGCAAAGUUUAAAAAAAAAAAAAAAAAAAAAAAGUUUUAAAACAAACUAGUGGAACAGAUUAUCAUCUGAAGGAUGCUCCAUACACUGGACAAAUGGUUUGAGCUAUAGCUGAGUUUUUAAUGAUCAGCAUGGUGCCAUCUAGUGCUGAUCUGCAUCCAGCAAACACAGCUGUUCCUCUCUCAGAGCACCCGUUUAGUGGGUAGUGCAUGUACAGCGAGCCAGUGUUGAAGGUGUAAAAACCACAUACAUCACAUAUCAGCCAACAUCACAGAAUAUCACAGUCUCACUGCCAUUACAGAUAGGAAACACUUAUGCAGAGACACAAUACAUGUAUAGCACAAAUGUUUGCAUUAGAGGAGAGGCCCCAGGAUGUAACAACCUGAUUACACACUCUAUUAAUGCGCAGAAUGACAUUUGAACUGCCAGUAAAGUAAUAUUUAAGGUGAAAGAGUUGAGCUGAAAUGAUACUUUGUAUUGCUCACACAGUGCCAGAAUGCAGGACUAGUAUUGACACUGUUUUUAAGGGCAGGUGGUGAUCCAAAACCCUCUGGUAAGACUGAAGUCAGUUUUGAGCCAGUUUCAUUUAGAAAAUGAUCUUGUAAUUGUAAUAAUAUAAUAUAUAAUAUAUUCAUAAUACUUUUGAAAUAAGUAUCUUUAGACGCCCUAAUGAUACCAACCCUUUUCAUUCUGUCAGCAACCCAGCUAUCACGGAUCCAUCCAUGUUGCUUUAUGCUUUAAAAGAGCUAGUGCUCAAUGCUUAUUUAUAUGAUGUGUGUUUAUUUGACUUUUGACUGUAAUUUGAGGAUGUUAACAUGACAUUGACAUGUUUAAACCAUUUGUGUGUAUCCAACUAUUCCUGAUGUAAAAUUGUAGUACUCGGUGGCUAGCAUGCUGUUGCACAUUUUAAUUUAUUUCCACGAACCUGGAAAUGAAUACUAAGGAGUGAGUGUUUAAUUCAAAUGCACAAAAAAGAGCCCUUGGAUUCAGUAUCUAUAUUUGGUUGUUUUUGUUUGGGAAUGUAGCCAGGUCAUUUUGUUACACACAACAUUGUAUUUCCAGUAGCGACAACAAAACCUACGUCCUUAGCUAAAGUAUUCUAAGAACUGAGGGCUUUACAAGCCUGAAAUACUUCUAAUAUCACAUAGGAAAAUGUUUUGCUUAGCAUGGAGAAAUGUGGGAGUAAGGAGACUGUGUUUGUACUCGUCUUCUGUCCACUUUUUAAAUCAUAUCAAAUGUUUCUUCUCCCAUCCAAGUUACUUAGCUCAGGUCUGCAUUGUUAUCUGAGGUUUUGUUUAUUUCAUGUGUGCUUGCUCCAAGUGCAGUUCUGCACUCAGUUCAAUUCAGAGGCGUCUGUGCCGACAUGAAUCCUAUCUUAAACGUAACGGCCGUGGUGGAGUUAUGGUGCCUCUGACAUUCUUUACAUACACCUCAGCACAGUACCAAUACCACUGCCACUGCCACUGCCAAAAAGCCUCCCAUAUACCUUGUGUGUUUCUUUUGUAUGCUGUACACAUAUGUCAAAACAUUGUACGUGACACCCCUGAUAACUGGUGAAAAGCUUGGGCGUUGUACGGGCGUGUGAACAGUACCUAUUUUUUCUUAUUUCCCUCAUGAACACCGAUAGGUUUUGAUUCAGUCAUCACCCCAUUCUAACUUGACGGGCCAGUGGGCAAAACAGUCUUGUCUGCUGCUACUUGCUCUUAAUUAGAAUGUAUGCCACAGUUAGAAUCAUAACCAUCAGGUUUACACCCGCUCAAAGGGGAAUUAUCAGCACCUCCUGGUACUUGAAGUCCUACAGACUAAACCAUCCUUUGUAGCUGCAUCAUUUGUACUGAGACCAGCACCUGCCUUGGGUGCGUAUGCCAAAGUGGUUGCGAUCCAUAUGUGACAUGAUUGUACUUGUGUAUGUGUGUGUUUAUACAACUAUACACGUAACAAGCCUUUACAACCAGAGUCAGCAGUCCAGUACUGUUUCAUUUCAGGAGAAUUUAGUUGUGUUUUCUUUUUUUCUUUUUUUUUUUAAAGUCCAGUGGUAUCAUUAACCAAAGUCUCCAGUGUGUGUGAUCUUAGUGUCUCAGGCAUCAGUAUACUCUCAUGAAUGUUAUCUGUGGUGUGAUAUCUGUAUUCUUUUUAAGUGCAUUCCUGGAUGGUCCCACACAGUAGACCUAAAAAUAACCCAAGAUAAAGCCCUUCUAUUCACAGGAUGUAGUGAUUAGCAGUUAUUAGCAUUUACUAAUUAGUAAUUCUUUUUUCUAGAAAUAAGUGUGUAUGUCACCUUUUUAAAUCACAUCUGUACACAAAAUGUGCCAAUAGAAGCUGAAUAGUCACUCUUUGUAUGAUUAUUAUUAUAAGCUUUAAGCUGCCUGUAUGGUUGGUUAAUCUAUGAGAUGCUUAUUUGUAUGUGAACUCAGUGUGUAUUUAUAUUGUGGAGGGAUAAUGAGUGUGGGUUUAAUUUAAAAUGUUACAUUUUUAAGCAAUCACAACAUAUUACAAUGAUUAUUUGUCAUGACAGGAUGGAAGCCAUGUACUCAUCAAUAUCCACAUUAAAGUCUAAAACAGUUGGAA